UAACUUUUUUUUUUAGUAUAAAUAUGCGUAAUUUUGGUUCAUUUCUGUUCUGAGUUUUGCCUUUUUGAAUCAAAAUUUGGGCCUUUGAGCAUUUUUUUUACUAAGUGGGUAUCAGUGAGAUUUAGUUUUAGGGUCUUUGAGACUUUAGAGGCUUUGAUCAGUGUAGCUUAGCCAAAACUUAAAAAAAAAAAAAAAAAAGUAUGGAGUUAUUUUUUAGGAAUUUUUUUUUGAAAUAUUAAUGGAGUUUUUUUAUUAAGCUUUACCUUGAGUUUGAUCAGGGAAUAUAGUGACGCAUGAAUUGAUGUGAUAUCUCAUGCGAAUAUGGUUAAUUUUCUCUCUGCAUAGAAGUGGACUUGUCUUUUGUAAUUCUCAUUUUCACAUUACUUUAGGCCAUAAACAGUGUUUUAAACAAAUAGCUCUCUCUCUCUAUCCCUCUCUCCCUCCCUCACGCUCCCUUUUAUCUUUAUUUUAUAUUAUUUAUUGUAGGGGAACAUGAAGCUUACCUGCUUUUAAGUAAAAAAUAACAUCUGUGUUUGAGCUUUAAUUUUUUUGGUAAGCAAAUGUAGGAGUGAUUUAUAUGUAUGCAAGGUUUUGGGUGAUUAGGAUUACAAUCUUCUUGUUCUUUCCUUAUUUGUGUAGAAUAUAUGGCGUUUAAAAUGAAUGGGAUUCAGAGCGGGAAACCUUACACCACUGAGAAACCCGUCCCAGGAUGUCUGGGAAGAAUGGUGAACCUUUUUGAUUUGAGUUCGGGCGUUGCUGGAAACAAGAUGCUUACCGAUAAACCGCAUCGUGAUGGUUCUUCGCUCUCAAGGAAUAGAUCAGAUGUGGCAAGGACAUGGAGUCCUCUUGGAGAUCAGAUAGAGAAAAAGAUGGCUCUUGUUCGUCAAAAAUUCAUGGAAGCAAAGCGACUCUCUACAGAUGAAAGGCUUCGCCAAUCUAAGGAAUUUCAAGAUGCAUUGGAAGUUUUAAGUUCCAAUAAAGAUUUAUUACUGAAGAUUUUGCAAGAACCAAAUACCUUAUUUUCCCAACAUCUAUAUGACCUGAAGUCUACAAAGCGUACCACUGUUCUUAGGCCUUCGAAGAUGGUUGAUAAUGACAAAUUUGUUGGAUCAGGGAAGAAGAAUGAUAAACAAAGUUGAUGAAAGUCCUUUUCAACCAACUAGAAUAGUGGCAUUGAAGCCUAGCCCUGGCAAGAGUCAAGGCAUCAAGGCUGUUGUUUCUUCACCUUCCUUAUCACCAAAAAUAUUGCACGGUGAAAGCUUUUAUGAGGAAGCUGAAGACACUGAAAUAUUAGAAUCAAGGGAAAUGGCAAAGGAGAUCACCAGGCAGAUGCGUGAAAAUUUGAUGGGUCACCUAAGGGAUUGAGACUUUCCUUUCUUCUCUUUUUUCCAAUGGCUACACUGGUGAUGAGAGUUCAUUUAACAAAUCAGAGAAUGAGUAUGCAGCGGGAAAUCUUAGUGAUUCUGAAGUCAUGUCACCGUCUCCUAGGCAUUCAUGGGAUUACAUCAAUAGGUUUGGUAGCCCUUAUUCUACUUCAUCCUUCAGCCGUGCAUCAUGUUCUCCAGAGUCAUCAGUUUGUAGAGAAGCAAAGAAGCGACUCUCUGAAAGAUGGGCCAUGAUGGCAUCACAUGGGACUUCUCAAGAGCAAAGACAUGCCCGGAGAAGCUCUAGUACUUUGGGUGAGAUGCUUGCUCUUUCAGAUAAAAAGAAGUCAGUGGGAGCUGAGGACAAGGAUAGUAAUAAAGAACAAGAACCAAGGGAAUUAGUCUCAUGUGUAAACCAAUAAUUUAAAUAAAGAAGAAGGUGUGGUUGAUUCUCCUAAAAAUCUUCUGAGGUCAAAAUCUGUUCCUGUGUCUUCUACAGUGUAUGGUGCCAGGCUCAAUGUUGAAGUUUCUGAUAUUGAGGUGGUCAAAACACAUGUUCCCAAGGAGCUGACAAAAGCAAAGGGCAUGAAAUCAUCAUUCAAAGGGAAGGUUUCAAGUUUAUUUUUCUCAAGGAAUAAGAAAUCGAAUAAGGAUAAAUGUGCUGCAUCUCAAAUUAAAGAUUGAAGCUAAUUUUGCCUCCUCUGAAACAACAGCAUCUCCAUUACAUCCUCAUGGAGUGAUUAGUGAUGAUGCCUCUCAACGUGGAAAAUUUUAAGUUGUUAGACUAGAAAAGAAAGUUUACUUCUUACUGAAAUCACAAUUGAGCAAACUUAUUAUUUAAGUUUGGGCAAUAAUAUGUCAAGCGAGAGUUUGUAAACUUUU